AAUAGGUUGGUGAAAUGCGUUUAAGUGGCAGCUCUUCCAGCUCGGGCAAAAACUAAGGGUGUGGUUGGAGGGUACCAGGUCCUUCGCUGACCAUGCAUCUUCUAAAAGCAACAUUUGGCUGGCUUUGGCAUAUGGGCAUGCUGUGCAUCUCUGCCCAAGCAACAUUAAACAGAGAUAGCGUUGUCAGGAAAGGUCGGGAGAAUUGUGAAUUGUGGUGCCAGACAGCUCCUCCGGUACUUCAACAAAUGGCCCACAAACAAGGAGCAGCUUGGGUUGUGGGGCACUUAGGUGGCAUUCCUGAGAUUUCCUUACCCAAAGAGCAUCCAGUCAGACUCCAGUCUAAGGCUGGAGAUCAGGAGGGCUGGGCUCCAUUGAAGGAUUAUAGUGAUGCCAGCAAAGACUGGAGGGUCACUCAGACUGUCAAGCAUGGAGAAGGUGUGCAUCAGGCUGGGGGUCACUUGGAAAAAAAAGACGAAAGUCAUUUGAGGCGAGAUUCUUCUGUAGCCUUGAGGACCAGAAGUGCUCUGAAGGCUGAAGAGUGGGAGAAGAGCUCAGCAAGAAUUGGGCGCAGGAAAUAUCCAAGAAGCAAGCGGGGGACUGGUGAGACCCAAGAUACAAGAGAAGCAAGAAAAAGUAAAACUUUCAAGAACAGGCACCACUUCAGUGUCUUCAAUAUCUCAGUGGAUAGUCAGACAACUCCCUUUCGUGGAGUUGUGGGGAAUGUUGUGCCUCAGGCAUUACCCUUGAAUGGCUCAGCCAGUCAUAUGGCAGGAAGGGAACCUGCUGCCCUCAGAAAUGGGACCUUCCAACCACCUCAUGUAAAGAACCCUUUUUACCCCCUGACUCAGGAGUCCUAUGGUGCCUAUGCAGUCAUGUGUUUGUCAAUAAUAAUCUUUGGCAUUGGGAUAAUGGGGAACAUGGCAGUGAUGUGCAUUGUCUGCCAUAACUACUAUAUGAGGAGUAUCUCCAACUCUUUGCUGGCCAACUUAGCCUUUUGGGAUUUCCUUAUAAUUUUUUUCUGCCUGCCUCUGGUGAUCUUCCAAGAACUCACCAAAAAGUGGCUGUUGGAGGAUUUCUCCUGCAAAAUUGUACCUUACAUUGAGGUAGCAUCUCUUGGAAUAACAACCUUCACAUUAUGUGCUCUCUGUAUAGACCGAUUCCGUGCUGCCACCAACGUGCAGAUGUAUUAUGAAAUGAUUGAAAACUGCACAUCUACAACAGCCAAACUGGCUGUGAUAUGGAUUGGAGCUUUACUGCUGGCUCUUCCUGAAGUGGUUCUGCGCCAAUUGACUAAAGAAAACUCUGAAAUCAGUGGCAACCCGCCUGUGGAACGAUGUGUGGUCAAGGUUUCUCCUCACUUACCUGACACAAUAUAUGUGUUAGCGCUUACAUAUGAUGGUGCAAGGCUCUGGUGGUACUUCGGCUGUUACUUUUGCUUACCAACACUUUUUACCAUCACUUGCUCAUUGGUGACUGCCAGGAAAAUCCGAAAGGUGGAAAAAGCUUGCACCCGUGGGAACAAGCGGCAGAUUCAGCUGGAGAGCCAAAUGAACUGCACAGUGGUAGCGUUGACCAUUUUAUACGGUUUUUGCACCAUUCCAGAAAACAUUUGCAAUAUUGUCACUGCCUACAUGUCCACAGGGGUAUCUCAGCAGACGAUGGACCUUCUCCAUCUGAUUAGUCAGUUUCUCUUGUUCUUUAAAUCUUGCGUGACUCCAGUACUCCUCUUUUGUCUUUGUAAACCGUUCAGCCGAGCUGUUUUGGAGUGCUGCUGUUGCUGUUGCGAUGAGUGCAUUCAGAAGUCUUCUACAGUAACAAGUGACGAUAAUGACAAUGAAUAUACCACAGAGCUUGAACUUUCCCCUUUUAGUACGAUACGUCGUGAAAUGUCCACAUUUGCCUCUGUGGGAACUCACUGUUGAUUUUCCCUUUGACCAGAAUUCUUUUCCAACUUACAAUAAAAUUGGUUUGAGUUUUAGGUGUAAUUUCAGUUGGAUCCUGGGUUUUUUUUUCUCCCUAAGUUGCAAAAGAAAAAAUAAAUUGUGUAAAAUUUAAAGUAUGCCGGUUUGUAUAUAACAACUUUUCUUUGAGAAAUAACUUUAGUUACUAAAAAGAACGACUUACCAGGGAUCUUUAGAAUCAUUAUCUUGAUGGUGCUAGCAUUUCUUUAUUAAGGGAAGGUUGAAGUAGUUUUAGCCACUCUCUUCUAUUAUUUAAACUAAUACAGAUUUAAACUAAUACAGAUUUUGGUAUGAAUUUCAUUCAUAAUGUUUAUAACAAGCAUUUCUAAAGUUGCAAUCCUAAAUAAGGAUACUCGAUAGUAAAUCUUCUUAAAUUUAGACUUCUGCAUAAAUAUGCAAAGGAUUCCACUGUUUGUCUAUGAACUUUUUAAAAUAUGGAAACAAAUAUUAGUAAGUCCAUUUAUUUUGAGGCAUGUGAAGUAUGUGCCUAUAUAUUUUACUAAUGAGGUUUUAAACUGCUUAACCAAGAUCACUGUAUCCUUACCCCUCCCUCCCCAAAAUGUUUUGACAAAACUAUGUGAUUUAGAGUGUUUGAGAAUAGUUUUAAAUUUGUUUGAUGUAAAUAAUUAUGAGAUUGUUUGACACAGAAACAAUAAUAUUUUUAUUGUAUUCCCUGUACUGUUAACCAGCAAUUAAACAAUUUUACCAAGUAAUAUAAGAAAAUUUCCAUAGGGGAAAGCAAUCAUUUUUAUGUUGACUUGUAAUAAAAUAACUAAGAUGCUAUUCCAGUCAAAAGCAUACAUCCUAUGCAUGUAUAUGCAUACAGGUGUAAAGCCUCUUCCUUCUGCCAGUAUGACCGACAAUAACUAUUUAUGGAGUAGAGUAGGAUAUAUAAUUGUAUGGGUGGCUUCUAAGUAUGAGCUCCAAUUGUAUGUUACCCCAUUGAAUUGGAAGUUAGAACAUAUCCGCACAACACGUUCCCAAUAUUGUACACCUUUCAAAAAAUCGUAACAAAUCCCUUAAUUCUGCAGUUCACAAUAUACAGGCUGAAGAUUGUUUCUUUUUAAUCCAUUGUUGUAUGCAAAGGCAUGUAUUUUGUCUGUCCCAAUGGGGAUUCCCACUCAUAUUGGGUGUAUGACUUGUGAUUCUAUUAGUUUCUUUUUACAGUAUUUUCUACAAUAAAGGUAUGUCUUCAGUCUGUGUAUAUAACACUUGCUGUAAGUGAAAAUGCCAUUUGUAGGAAGUAGAGAAUUGCCACAGAAUUAGUGACAAUAAAU